AUGCUGUUGGCAAGCGGAAAGAGCCAAGACUUGUCCCAAGGAAACGCCAGCCCAAGCAGGGCUAAGCGGUGUCAUGCGAAGGAGCCCUUUGAGAGUCGACAGGAACGACGACCAUCUCCCGUCUCAUCAACACGGACUCACUCCAAGCUCCUCGAUCUUGACCCCCGCCUACCCCCGAUGGUGCCGGUGGACGACUAUUGCAAGUGGGCUAUCAAUCAGCUUGAUCAAGCUUCACAAAUCCCACAAGACAAUGGCAGCUCAAUGACGGUGUGUUCCAAGCCCUCAACGGCCGAGAUUCACGGCUGA